UCGAUGGCCUGUUGCUUCCGGGUCACGUGUUGCUGACUUCCGGUCAUUACCGAAAACCGACGCGCGCCAGGUGCCGUCUUCUUUUUCGUCACUCAGGUGUUUUGAAAGGACGUUUCUGCGGUUCAGGAGCGCUACAGAACUACUGCAGUCAUGUCCGAUGUUACCGUGAAAACAAAAGUCAGCAGUGAAGACCUGGUCCUGUGUGGGGAGGGGGGCGAGUCCACCAUUGUACCACAGUACUUCAUGCCGAACCACAUGGAAACUCACGCCAGUGAGAAACCCAUCAUGAAAACUCACUCUAGUGAAGAAAACUACAUGGAAACUCACUCUGGUGAAGAACCUUACAUGGAAACUCACUCUGGUGAAGAACCUUACAUGGAAACUCACUCUGGUGAAGAACCUUACAAGGAAACUCAAUCUGGUGAAGAACCUUACAUGGAAACUCACUCUGGUGAAGAACCUUACAGGGAAACUCACUCUGGUGAAGAACCUUACAGGGAAACUCACUCUGGUGAAGAACCUUACAUGGAAACUCACUCUGGUGAAGAACCUUACAUGGAAACUCACUCUGGUGAAGAACCUUACAUGGAAACUCAUUCUGGUGAAGAACCUUACAUGGAAACUCACUCUGGUGAAGAACCUUACAUGGAAACAACUAAUAACACAAAAAAACCAUAUCGCCGGUGUAAGGAAUGUAGCAAAUGCUUUCGCAGCGCUUAUUUCCUUAAGAUACACAUGCUGACACACACGGGUGAGAAACCCAAAAGGUGUGAGGAAUGUAGCAAAUGCUUUUACAGUGCUUAUCACCUAAAAAGACACAUGCUGACUCACUCGGGUGAGAAACCCUACAGGUGUGAGGAGUGUGGCAAGGUGUUUGCCACAUUGGGGGCCCUAAACGUCCACAUUCGCACUCACACUGGUGAGAAACCCUACAGAUGUGACCAGUGCAGCAGAGGCUUUAGUGGAAGUGGUGAUCUGAAGAGACACAUGUUCACUCACACCGGCGAGAAACCCUUCAGCUGUGGGGAGUGCGGCAAGCAGUUCAAUCGGCGGAGCAAUUUACAAAGUCAUAUGAAGACUCACACUGGUAAGAAAUAUUUAUUGCAGAUUUACACAGGUGAGAAAUCUAUCAUGGAAACUCACUCUGGUAAAGAACGCUCCAUGGAAACUAUCACUGAUGACAAACCCUACACUUGUGAGGAAUGUAGCAAAUGCUUUCACAGCGCUUAUCACCUUAAGAGACACAUGCUAACUCACACGGGUGAGAAACCCUACAGGUGUGAGGAGUGUGGCAAGAUGUUUGCCACAUUGGGGGCCCUAAAAGUCCACAUUCGCACUCACACUGGUGAGAAACCCUACAAAUGCCAGGUGUGCAGCAAAGGCUUUAGUGGGAGUGGCGAUCUCAAGAGACACGUUCGGACCCACACUGGCGAGAAACCCUUCAAGUGUCAGGAGUGCAGCAAGCAGUUUUCCACACCCAGUAAUCUAAAGUCCCACAAGCGGAGAAACCACACGGGCGUGAAAGAUGCAACAAAUAGUUCAGGGGAUAUUGUUAUGAGCAUUUUAUGAUACACAACAGAGUCCUCCCCAGGGGAUGGAAUAACGGAGACCCUCCACUAUACUCAUUUUGAAAUUUAGUGUGUUUCUUCCCUAUUUUCUUGGUUAGUUUUGCUAAAAUUAAUGAAAAUUCACAGAUUUUUGUGCCAAGUGGCAUCACUUUUCCAGUUGACAUUGUCUGAAAAAACUUGUGAGUGGGCGAUGAUCAAAACAAUAGUCGUUUUGCCACUGCACAACAAAGAAAUCAAUGUAAUAUAUUAUACUUGUAGUAUUUGACACCCUCUGUCAUUGCAAAAUGAACCCUUUUUCAUGAAAGCGCAGCGCGUUGGUUCGGGUUAUUUUUGCCAGCUUCCACACUAUACUAAAAAAUUCUAGGGAGAACCCUGCACAAGCACACUCUCACUGCAUACUAUCUCUAGGCACCUGUACAGUUUUAGUAGAUGAUUUAUGCAACAGUUAAGUAACAACUACAUGUAUGUGCAGUUUUCGUGAUCAUUAAACAAGAUUAUAGCACCUUGCUGAAA